AAUGUUGGAAAGUUUGGAGGGAGGAGGAGGGGGAGGAUUGAGAACAUUGUCUGUUAUUGUGAAACAAGAUCGUUUACCGACAUCAGGUCGGGUUCCAGUAAUACAGAGGAAUCCAAGUGCAGGACUACAGAUCACAGCUGAUAUUGGAUACAAGAAUCAUGAAAGUCAUAAUCACAGUCAACAUAGUUGUAUCAUUCAAAAUGAUCGAUUGAUUGAUCAAGACGAACAUAUGAUUGAUCCAAGUGAUAGAUUUGAAUUAGAUGAAAGAAUAGGAGGACAGGCGGUGUUAGACCCCAGCUCUAAAGAAGUACGAGGAGAACCACUAAAUGAUGCAUUUCCUACCUCAAUUCAACUUCAGGAUGCUUUUGAUAUGUUUUCUGAAUCAUAUGAUCCCAGAUACUUUCUGGACGAACUUUGCGAGACGAGUAGGCCAGAGUCAGAGAAUCCGACGGAGCAUUUUCCUCCGCAAUCGGAGAUUUUCAAACCGACAUCAGAGCCUUCGAGGGAGGAGGAUAAGACGGAUUUGUUAGAGGAGACUGGAUGCUAUUGUAGUUCUAAUUCACAAAACAGUUUAGAAUCCAGUUCUAGCAGCAGGGAUACCUCAAGGGUUGAAGAAGGUGUAUUCAGAACAAGACUGAACAUAGUAGAAAAAUAUGAUAAUACUCUAACAAAUUCAACACCCCCUCCUCUUAGUAUUGAAUUGCAAUGGGACCUCUUGGCUAAGCCUAAACCUAAAAAGCGAGGCCGGAAGAAAGGGUACAGGAGUGAAAACACAAAUAGUGAAGGAACCAUCUGCUCUAUUUGUGGAGAUAAGGCUGGUCGACACAGUUACUAUGGAGGAAUAUCUUGCCAAUCCUGUAGAGCUUUCUUUAGACGAUCCGUUCAGAGUGGAAACUAUUAACAUUUCUCGUGUUUGGAUAUGAACCCGUGCUUAAUCAAACAAAGUAUAAGGAAAAAGUGUAAAUUCUGCCGAUUUAAAAGUUGCUUGCAGUCAGGAAUGAAGGUCUCCUAUGUGCUGAGUUCGAAGAAUUUAGAUUCAACUGGAGUUGAUCUUUUUACUGAGGAUUCACAGGCUGAUAAAUCUGGAUUACGAGGGUUGAGAGAAUAUCCUGAAUUUACUCUUCUUCAAGCAAACUAUGUUUAUAGUACCUGGAAUACAGUUUCCU